GUAGGCAAUAGCUGUGACACACAGGACAGCAUGCAUGAAAUAGAAGUUGUUGACAGCGGAGAAAGUCAGUGGUGAUGCUAAAGUUGGUCAUUGGUAGCCUCAUUUACCUGGAGCUUUGAUGGAAGCUGUUUUUCAACCUCCUAAACGACGGGCAAGAGUGUACGAGUCGUAUGAGGGGCCCUUGCCUGUACCAACAUCACAACAGAAUGUGACGCAGCCUCAUAAACUUAUUUUCAAAGCUGAACUUGUCAAUAAUCGUGUGAUUGUCAAGGAGCCAGCCCAUAUACACAAUCUGUACACUAAGGGCUACUUUGGCAAAGGCAUCCUGUCGAGAAGUCGGCCAGAUUACAGCCUGUCUGACAGGUGGAAAAGUCAUGGCAAUGUUCACCUGCCUGUCAUCUCAUAUGCAAGGUAUCAGACACUGUUGCAGUUGGCACGGGAUGCGUUGGAAGCCCAGGGCUUGGAAGAUGAGGCGGUCGACCAGACCCUGGAGCGUUUAACCCGGCCGGUGGAGGAGUUCCCCACACCAGGAGACGACACCACUGGCGCUAAUGACACUGGAAGGACAAUCAGUGGCGACCAGGGUGAUGAGAAUGGACACGAGGAGCCUCACCUCAGCCCUCACGAUGAAGGGCACACUAGGUCAUGUGAGGGGGACACAAUGGAAUAUCACCCAGACCCCUCACUGAAACAGUGCAGUCGUGCGCAAGAUCUGCGGGAUGGAACGAUCUGCACUACAGGAGAACCUCUCCGUGACGGCCUCGGAACUGACCGAGAAGAUGUGGACAAAGGAGAAUAUCUUCAAAACAGAUUCAGUGGGGCAGAGACGGAUCUUCAUUUUGGGGUUAGGACUGAAGGGCAAGAUCAUGACAAUAGGUUUUAUGGUGAAGAGAAUGAUUACCAUGAUGGAGUUAGGACUGAAGGGGACCGUGAUGGGUUCGGGAGAGAGAAUAAAGGCCUACAUAGUGGAAUCGAUACAGAACAGCAGCAUCUCCGUGACAGGUCCAGUGAUGAACCUGAGGACACCCCGGAGGCCAAGAGGCCACGGCGGCGACAGGGGAACCCAGACUAUGACCCCCUGGCUCACCUGCACCCUCAUGAGCCCCAGCAGCUGGACCAGAAGGCCCUGGCCCAGAUUAGGUGCCACAGGCACGACGACUGGAUCGUCCACUGCGGCUGUCGGCUGACGGACAGUCAGCUAGAAGCCGCAACUCCAGCCCUGGCUAGAGAGGCCGACGUAGAGUACGAGUAUGUGCUUGUGGAGGAGGAGGAGGAAGAUGAUGAGGAAGAGGAGGACAAACAAAGAAAUGCAAAUGCCAGUGACUCCAAGCCGUUAGUGUGCCGUAUCAACCCUUUCAGGAUCAUAGAAUAUUUACAGCUGGGACUGGAGGAGGCAUUCUUCCUCGUCUAUGCUUUGGGCUGCUUGUCGAUCUAUGACCAACAGGAGCCGUUAUCGAUUGUCCACCUGUGGGAAAUCUUUCGAGAGGUGCAGCCCAACUUUGAGGCCACCUAUGCGGUGUACCACUACUUCCGCUCCAAGGGAUGGGUGCCAAAGACUGGUGUCAAAUACGGCUCCGAUUUCAUGCUCUACCGGAAAGGGCCUCCUUUCUACCACGCCAGCUACUCAGUGGUGGUGGAGAAGGUGGACGAGGGGUGUAGAGGGGCCACGUUACGGCCCUUCACCUGGCGAUCACUGGCAGCCCUCAGCAGGAUCACUGGCAACGUCAACAAGGAGCUGAUGUUGUGCUAUGUUAUAAUGCCAUCGAACCUGAGCGAGGAGAUGCUUAGCUCUCCUGAAUGCAUCAGAGACUUCAAAGUGCAGGAGGUCCUUUUGAGCAGAUGGGUGUCCUCUCGGGAACGCACAGACCAAGAUGAAAUAUAGACAAAGACCAUAGAGCUACUGUACAUCAUUGUUACAGCGUUGGUGGGAGCACAUCCGCAAAC